AUUCGUCCCAAGAGUCCUGCAGUGAUUCUCGGUCGAUUCGCUCAUACUCCUUCUAAUACCCAAACACACUCCUUCACAAUGUCUUCUCGUCCCUCUUCACCCGCCAAUGGCCCCGCCGCGGCCAGCGGUUCCAGCAUCAGCCGACCUUCCUCUCCUACGCCUCCCGGCGGACCUCGAACUGCGAUCCGUCGACGUGCUGCUGCUGACCAGAAGGAGAAGCUUGCCAAUGCUAGGCCAAGCAGCACACGGGCCGCUGGCGCUGGCGGCUCCAGCAGCACCAUGCUGAGACUCUACACCGACGAAUCCCCCGGACUGAAGGUCGAUCCUGUCGUUGUCCUUGUCCUAUCCCUUGUUUUCAUCUUCAGCGUUGUUGCUCUGCACAUCAUUGCCAAGAUCAGCCGCAAGUUCUCGAGCUAAACACGUUAUAUGGUGAUGGAAGUGAUACACGAAGGAGAGUUAUAAGGGGUGGUAUGAGGGGGAAACAGUUCCGCGACGGCGCAGGUUAUGAAGACCAAAUCUAGCUGAUGUGAGGUUUGACGCAAAAAAGACUUACCCAAGGAGAUGUAUGGAUUUGGCGGAUACAAUGACCUGGCCCCUAAUCACCAUGGAGUCGGAGCGACCAUGAUAUUUUGUAUUAUAUGAGCAAAACGGUUAUUUCAAUUUCGUAUGCGUUUUUGUAAGAUUGCCUUGUUUCUUCUUUGC